UGCCGUGCGUCGCUUCCCCAAAACUCCCAAACUCAACGUGACGUCGUCGGUGACGUCUUGGCCGAACUUGCGCUCAGUGCCAUUGGCUCACGGCGAGGACGGACUCGCCACGCGCCCACGCAACUUUUGCAGCUUCACAGUGAGAAGGUGUGGCUGGGAAAAGCCUGGAACACUUGGGAAGGCGUUGCACAUGCACGAACCGCUCAGUCAAUCGUCACUGCUCUGCAUGGAGUGUCUGGUUGGUCAUUCAUCAGGUGUAUUGAGUAUGCCUGUUGUGUGUGUGAGAGAGAAGGAGGGGGAGGGGGAGGGAAGAUGCGGGAUAUUACUCCUUGAGCACCGGCCGUUCAUCUUGGCCAUGUUCUUCCUUCAUGAUACCCGUUACCUACGAAAUACCUAGCAAAUUCCAUCCUCUUUCUGUCAGAUAUUACCUUUCCCUAAUACCUAGUCGUAUCUAAACCUUUCCUGAUUCUCUACUACUGUAUGUAGUAGUGAUUCAUCAUGCCUCGGACACUGCUUCUGUGUUUCAUCCAUGGCUUUAAAGGGAAUGAAAACACAUUUCACGACUUUCCAGAUGACUUAAAGCGAUCAGUCACCAAGCAACUUCCAGACCACUGGGUCGAGUCCAUCGUGUACCCUCAAUAUGAGACCAAAGGCGAGUUGGCGCAGGCCACCGAGGCGUUUCUCUCAUGGCUCAAGGAGAGGGUCAUGGAUGUAAGAAAGGCCAACGUCGAGAAGCCCUGGCCACCAAAAGACAGAGAAGUCGGAGUCGUUCUCGUUGCUCACUCUAUGGGAGGAUUCGUCGCCGCAGAUUCACUGUUCCUCGCCAUCAAUGAGCGAGCGCAGUCCAACCCAUCAGAAGACGACCCAAUCUUCCCCCUCAUUCAGGGCAUCCUCACCUUCGACACCCCCUACAACGGCCUCGCCCGCUCCAUGUUCGUCUACGGCGGCUUCUCCAACUACCAAAAGGUCAGCAGCGUCUUCAACGUAAUGACAGCCCUCUCGGCCGCUGCACCCUCGACCCUCGCCCGCCUGGGCACCCGCCGCGCCGCAACCUCGGCCGUGACAUCUACCGCCUCCCGCAACCCAGGCUGGAAGACGUGGCAGCUUGUCGCCGUGAAGACAGGCACCGUAGGCGCCAUCGCUGCCGGCGGCGUCGCCGCUUACGUCAACCGCGAGGCCAUCCUCAAGGGCAUAAAGGGGCUCAACAAGAACUCCGUGAAGGAGGGCUAUCAGCAGAGUGUCGAUGCCCUCGGACAGGGACUAGCUUACAUCAACCGCGGCAACGUCGGCCAGUCCUUCGCCUGGCUCUCGGACCACUUCACUUUCGUUGGCGCGCUCAUGAAGCAGAAGGAACUCAACCGCCGCCUCGGGCGGAUGGGCGCACUUAAGGGCGUAGGGAUUCACGACUUUUAUGCGUCGCUGGGCGAGAAUGGGUACUGGCAGGGUGGCUAUUUUGUCCCCGAGCGGACGUUCUGCGCCGUUCCGGAGGAAAGCCACCCUGCUUCGUCCCUCUUCUCGCGGCAGGUUCUGCCAGAGGUCGACGACGAGGUGGCGGCGCAUAUGGCCAUGUUCCAAGCGGAUAAACACAAGGGAUACGAGAUGAUGACUGAGCAGGCAGCUGACCUGGUGCUCGAGUGGUUCAAGAGCGAGGAGCCCGUUGUUGACGACCCCAAGUUCCGUGAGACGCCGCCCGAAGAGGUCGCGGAGGACGCCGAGGUCGAAGAGACGCUGGAAAAGGCCAUCUCCAACACCGAAGCACCUGAAGAAAAGUCAGAUGACAAGCUCGCUGAAAAGGUCGACGAGAAGGAGGGUUCAAAGUCGGCAGAUGGCGAAAUGCCCGACGAGUCGCCCAUUGACAUUGCCGCCGCCGCCUCGCUCGUGCCGCUCCCCGCCGAUGGUGAGGGAGAUUUGGUGGGCGAUAUGAACCCUGAGAACAUGACUACAGAGGAGAAGCGGACGUACAUGCAGCACCUCUUCCGCAUCGCGCAAUCGACAGGUACGGGCGUCAAGGGGUGGCUUCCUGGUAUGCCCAGUAUGCCAGGUAUGCCGGGUAUGCCAGCGAUGCCCAAUAUGCUGAACAUGCCCAAGGUCCCUGCCUCUGUCUCUUCUCUAGGCCAGGCAUCGCUGCCGAGCGUCAAUAUUUUCAGAAAGUCAACACCCUCUCAAGCGCCGGCCGACGGGGACAAGCCAGAGGCCGAGAAGGCGACCGAUGGAGGGGAUGUCGCCAAGGCGGAAGGCGAUGCUGCGAAGGCAGAUUCGGCUGUUCCCGACGGCAAGAAGGAAGGUCAAGAGACUGCAAGCGAAGCCGUCGGCAACGAGACUGCUCAAGCGGCAGCCGCCACCGGCCAACUUGAGACCCAACCUGCGGAGACAGUUGCCGAGGACGGCAAGAAGAAGGGCUGGUCGCUGCCGAGCGUAAACAUUUUUAGAAAGUCGACGCCUUCCCAGGCGCCUGCUUCUGAUGGGAAGGAGGCUGCGAAGACUGAGAGCGAACAGCAUCCGGAAGCGGAGGUUGCUGGCAAGGAAGCGGUUGAGGGUCAAUCGGCUCCAGAAGCUGAGGCGGUGGGGACUGAGGUAGCUCAAGCAGCGGCAGCGACCGGCCAGCUGGAGACAGCUGACGUUGGUGAUGAUGCGAAGAAGACGACGGCAUGAGGACCAGGGACGUGAAAAUGACCGGGAUUUGGUUUUGUUUCGAGAAAAUACGAGCGCGGAUUGAUUGCAUCGGAACCUUAGUACCUAGUUGAUUGAGCUAGCAAUACCAAAAUAAUAACUGAAUAAUUACGAUACUCUUCAACGUUGAACAUGGCUUGUUGUGGCUUUUUGGAGACUUGACACAAAGGAUGAAUGACAGAAGUUAAAACAACGAGUAGCUGAACCUUGCCAGGUACUACUCCAACGACAUUGGAGUGCCUCUGGCAACGUCAAAAAUGAUGAAAAUCGCAUCCAAAUCAAAGAUGCACUGAA